AUGGCAGCAGAGACCGACAUUUGGAAUACCUCGAACUACUGGCUUGGUGGAAAGAUUCCCGCCGACGCCCUUUGCCCGCGUGGGAUCCUCUGCGCCCAGCACAUCUCCGUCCUGCGGCCGCUGGGAGGGAAGAGAGGGGACCGGCAGGCCGAGGGGGGACAGGCUGGGUCUGAGAAGGGCUCCGGGAUGGAGGACCAGCGGGAACAUCAGGUCCGCAGGGAGGCCGAGCGCAGCGCCGGACAGGUGCGGCCCCACCCGCACACGGAGGACACGGACCAGAGGGAGGUCUCGGCCCGGGAAGCGAGCGAGUUCACUCGCGCCCUCCCUCCUUCCGAGGGCGAGAAGCCCAGGAGCUCGGAGAGGAAGCUCCAUCUCUAUCGAGGUGGGCAGCGCGGCAAGGACCCCGGGCGACUGAUCGAGACCGUAGGUGUCCUCAUCCCAAACCCCUUCAGCAUCGGGGGGCCCGCGUGCGCUACCUCGGAGGACCCCCAACGCUUAGACCCCCAAACAGCCCGAAAACCCCAGCUCGGGGCACGCUACGUGCAGUUCGCCCGGAAAGACCAAAUCGCCCCAAACUCAGAGACGCUGAAUGCCGUCGUCCUGGAAACCGACUCAGUGGCGCCUGGGACUUGGGGCUGGGACGCCAUGAACCCCGACGGGGGCCCGCAGCACAGCCCCGAGAGAGAAGCGGUGCGGACGCGGCGGCUGCCGCAGGCCGAGGAAGCUUUGGAAGACGCUUCCCUCUACUUCUCCAGGGAGGAGUGGGCAGCGAUGGGAGACUGGGAGAAACGCCGGUACCAGAACGUGAAGAGGAACUUCCACGUGCUCACCAGCCUAGGUCUCAAAGCCCCUCGACCAGCUUUCAUGUGUCGCCACAGACGCGCCACUGAGCUCCAGGAGGAGGACCCUGAGGACUCGGAUGAAGAAUGGACUCCAAGGCAGCAAGUGAAACCUUCUUGGGUGGCCUUCAGAAGGGAACAGAGUAAACCUAAGAAGGAAACAUCCAAGGUGCCAUUAAGCAAUGAAUAUAGUUUGAAGGAAUUGUCAGGAACAGCAAAUUUGAGGACUGCAAGUGACUCAGAGCAGGCCCAGAGACCAGUGUCCCCUCCUGGAGAAGCAUGUGCCUUUGGAAAGCACACUAGACGAAAAUCAGAACCCAGGAGAAAGGAGAUGGACGUAAAGAUGUACAGCCUACGAGAAAGAAAGGGCCAUGUGCACCAAGAGGUCAACGAACCCCAGGAUGAUGACUACCUUUAUUGUGAGAAGUGUCAGAACUUCUUCGUCGACAGUUGUGCUGUGCAUGGGCCCCCUACAUUUGUAAAGGACAGUGCAGUGGACAAGGGGCAUCCCCACCGCUCAGCCCUCACCCUGCCCCCUGGGUUGAGAAUCGGGCCAUCCAGCAUCCCUGAGGCUGGGCUUGGAGUGUGGAAUGAGGCAGCUGAUUUGCCUGUGGGUCUGCACUUUGGCCCUUAUGAAGGACACAUCACAGAAGAUGAAGAGGCAGCCAAGAGCAGAUACUCCUGGCUGAUCGCCAAAGGGAGAAACUGCUAUGAGUAUGUGGAUGGAAAGGACAGAUCCUGGGCCAACUGGAUGAGGUUUGUAAACUGUGCCCGGGAUGAUGAAGAGCAGAACCUGGUGGCCUUUCAAUAUCACAGGCAGAUUUUCUACCGAACCUGCCGUGUCAUUAGGCCGGGCCAUGAGCUGCUGGUCUGGUGCGGGGAUGAGUAUGGCCAGGAGCUGGGCAGCAAGUGGGGCAGCAAGUGGAAGAAAGAGCUCGCAGCUGGGAGAGAACCAAAGCCAGAGGUGCACCCAUGUCCCUCCUGCUUUCUGGCCUUCUCCAGUCAGAAAUUCCUCAGCCGACACGUGAAACUCAGUCAUCCCUCUCAGAUUCUCCCAGGAACAUCUGCAAAAAAACAGCUCCAAGCAGAGGAACCCUGUCCAGAGGAUCAGAAUCAGCAGCAGCAACAUACUAGUACGCUCAGCUGGAAUGAUAAAGCUGAAGGUCAAGAGGUCAAAGAAAGGUCCAAACAUUUGCUUAAAAGGAUCAAUCAAAGGAGAAUCUCAAAACCCUUUUUCCAACCAUCCAAAGAACAAAUGAGCUCUAGUGAGCACGAGAGACUGAUGGAAGAAGAGCCCCGGAGAGGCCAGAAAGAGAAUCCAGAGGACACAGGCAAGUUCUUUGUGAAAGGAGGAAUGUCAAAAAUUGUAACAAUCGAGCAUGGAGGGUGUUGGCAAGGCUUUAAUGAUGGAUCACAUCUCAUCACACAUCAGGUGACACAGUCUGGGGAGAAGCCCUAUGUUUGCAGGGAGUGCAGGCGAGGCUUUACAUCCAAGUCAAAUCUCAUCAGACACCAUAAGACACACUCUGGAGAGAAGCCCUAUGUUUGUAGGGAGUGCAGGCGAGGCUUUACACACAAGUCAUAUCUCAUCAGACACCAGAGGACACACUCUGGGGAGAAGCCCUAUGUUUGCAGGGAGUGUGGGCGAGGCUUUACAUGGAAGUCAGUUCUCAUCACACACCAGAGGACACACUCUGAGGAGAAGCCCUAUGUUUGCAGGGAGUGUGGGCAAGGCUUUACAUGGAAGUCAGUUCUCAUCACACACCAGAGGACACACUCUGGGGAGAAGCCCUAUGAUUGCAGGGAGUGUGGGCGAGGCUUUACAUGGAAGUCAAAUCUCAUCAGACACCAGAGGAUACACUCUGGGGAGAAGCCCUAUGUUUGCAGGGAAUGCGGACGAGGCUUUGCAUGCAAGUCAAAUCUCAUCACACACCAGAGGAUACACUCUGGGGAGAAGCCCUAUGUUUGCAGGGAGUGCGGACGAGGCUUUGUAUGCAUGUCAAAUCUCAUCACACACCAGAGGACACACUCUGGGGAGAAGCCCUAUGUUUGCAGGGAGUGCAGACGAGGCUUUGCAUACAAGUCACAUCUCAUCACACACCAGAGGACACACUCUGGGGAGAAGCCCUAUGUUUGCAGGGAGUGCGGGCAAGGCUUUACACGCAAGUCACAUCUCAUCAGACACCAGAGGACACACUCUGGGGAGAAGAAGCCCUAUGUUUGCAGGUGGAGUGAGUGAGUCAUUAGCAUUAAGUCACAUAUCAAUAGCCAUAGGAAGUCCACAGCCCCUUAUUCUCCCCAAGAUUGUAAUUAGUAUAGAAGUAACUGGUUAAACAAAGCUUCCAGUUUCAUUACAAGAGAUGAAAUGGACAAACAAUUCCAUAGUAAUAUGGGGCUGUCAGCACCAAACUCGUUCAUGUUUUUUUGACCUAUUCUAAAACGUUUUGUCUCCAUACACAUCUCUCAUUUUCCUCAUCACUGAAAGUAGAGGGUUCCUAAAGAGCCACAAAGAACUCAUACUCUCAGCCACAGAAAUUCAACUCCGACAAAUGUGUAAAUGUGAAAUCAGUCUACUUUCGUUACUCCAGAAAGAAAGGGAUUUGAGACAGACUCACCCGGGAAGGUAAUUCCCCAGACUCCUGGAAAGGGCCUUUUCUCCUAAUCAGCUCCAUACUUCUCCCUUGCCUUCCCUUGGCUCUUCUGGUUUCCUACAACCUCUGGAGUCUCAGAGAUGAAUGGCAGGGAGAGACGGAUGCUUGUGCAUGGACGUGAGCUGCUCAGUCUGGGCACUUGGUCUUCCUCACUCUCCUUGCUCGCUUUUCAGGGUCAGCAUUUCCUAGUGCACAGCAUACAGAUUCCACAUCAGUCCAUACUUGGUGUGAGUCUCAGCUCUGUCUCCUCCAGCUGUGUGACCUAAGGCAAGAUUCUCAACUUCUCUCUGCCUGCUUCCUAGUCUGUGCAAUGGAAAUGGGAACUCCAGCCUUUUGGUUUGACAUUCAAAGUUGAGUCAGCACAGACAGAAUCUAGCAAGAGAAUCGCUGACAUCGCAAAGCCCUACUGAACAGCCUUCAGUGCCCAUGUCUUCCUGGUCUUUAGUGGUGGACAAAGGAAGAUUAGGACAGGGGUGUUUAACCAAAUUCAGAAUUUGAGUAGGACCCCACUGCUUUCCCCACACAGACUAAACUGCCCUGAGAAGGAAGCCUGAGGUUGGGGAGGUGCCUCCCCCUGAUCACCCUCUCACUGAGCCUGGGCACCCUCAGAGCCUCCUCAACACAGGCAGGUGGUGCUGAGAGUGGCCUGUGAAACAAGACCCUCACCCACCCCUUGCUGAGAACUGACACUGGGAACAGCACCUGCCUGCACUGGUGUGUUGGAGUAGAUGGUGAGCCAAGUCAGGGAGGACGAGGAAGAUGGGUGUCACCCAGUGACUCAGCAGUCCUGCACCUGGUCCAGUUCUAUUGGCAGAUGUUCCAGCAUCACAAGAAACACCAUGCUAACACAUUGAAAUUCUAGGUAUUGUUUCCACUAUCUGGGAAAGAAAGGCCUUCAAAGGGUAUUCAUCCCAAGGCCUAGAAGAUGGAAGGGGAUCUACAGCACUCACGGAAAAACCUGUAAAACAAAUCUGGUUAAUUCCUUACCUCUGCCCACUAUCUUUUAUGAGAGGGUCCACUUUUACCCACCAACUAUAUAAGUCCUCAGGACAAAGGGCCUGGUGCUCUUACCUUUCACCCCCACCUCAGCAAGACCUGUCCUCUCCCAUGAGAAUGUGUCACUAAUAAACCCUGCUU